CUGGAGCUCUGCCAGGGUGCCCGGGCCCGAAUCGUCUCCUUGUGCAGCCAGGGAGCCAGCCUGGUGUGGUGUGAGGAGAGGCCUCCCCUGGAUGCCCACUCGGACAUGAGCAAGUGUGCCUUCAGGUUCUGUGUCUGCACCCGGGCCCUAGAGGUGGGGGAGCAAGGUGUGCAGCUGGGCACCGUAAGGAUAGUCCUGCACAACAGCCCUGAGUACCAGGUCCUGGCCUCCCCCCAGCACGUCUUCCUGGUGCCUGCCACCAACAGCUUUGCCACCACUUCCAAGUUCCUUCUCAUCUGGCAUCCCGAGAAGGCAAAGCUCACCAUCGCAGCCCCCUCUGCAGGUUUCAUCCACAGCAAGGCACUGCACUCCAGCAACGAGUCAGAUUUCAGGAAGCUCCUGCUGGGUUCUGUGGGUCUUCUCUCAGGUUUGGCACCCCUGGACAUUCACACCUCCACCGUGUCCAAUGGCGGGGGUCUGCUGCUGGUGAGCACAAAGGGUGCUGUGAACUUAGUGGAGCCAGAUGGGACACAGAGACAUGUCUUUGACCUGGGGGGAGGCCCCCUGGCCCAGGGAAGUCCUGUCCAGCUGAAGACCUUUGGCAGCGUUUUGGCCUGUGUACUGGCUGGGGUCCUGUACCUCAUCGACCAGAACAGCGGAAGGCUCAUAGAAAAAAAAGUCCUGAGCAUGAAAGACGUGCAUUUCUUGGAGUCCCCAGGAGAGGAGGAUGGUAUCCAGCUUCUCUCUCAAACUGGCAUCUACAGCUUUAGCUUCUCCAAACCUGAGGACAGCAACAGACCUGAGCCGUGCCUUGUGGAGAUGGUGUUUGAGGAGGCCUGCAGAUACUAUCAGAGAAGGAGCCUCAGCAGCUCCAAGCUGACAGUGGAGAAGUUGAAGAAAGGUGGUGUGUUCCAAGCUCCUGUGGCCCUUGCUGCCAUCCUGCAGCACACCCUCCGCCAGAAGCAGAAGCCAGCCCGAGGCCUCCAAGACACUUAUGGCAAGCUGUUGAGCACAAUGAGCCUGGAGCUGCAGAGCUACAUGAGCCUGGAGCUCCUCAAGACCUGCGUGGUGUGUGCCCCAGAGAGUGAGGUGGAAAGCUACUGUGAGGAACUGGUGGAGCAGGAGGUCAGCCGUGUUCUGCAUUCUGACAUGGACAAGGACAAUUUAGCCUACCUGAACUCGAUCUUUGCCUCCUUCCCGAAGGCUGCCUGGAAGGCCACAAGAAGCUGCCUGCAGCUGCAGCAGAAUGGGGAUGGCCUCUUGGUAGCCAGGGCCACGCCGGAGGUGUGGAAGAAGGUCCUGGGGGGGCCGCAGCAGGAGGAGGUAGGUCAGAAUGGGGUGGUCCCGCUCUUUGAGCUCAUCUGUGCCUCCUUCUUGAGGUUCAAACCCAAAUGGCUGCCCAGUUUUGUGGAGCUGACCCAGCAGUAUGUUGGCAUCUCUUGGGCAUACAGCAGCAAGGAGGGCCCAGAGGGCCGGGUGCCCCUGUACAAGCGAGCUCUGGGAGUGCUGGCCAGGAAUAACAAGCGCAGCGAGGCAGAUGAUGAGAUGGAGCUCGAACUGCUGCUCUGCAGCAAGAGGCCUAAGGCUGUGCUGCAAGCUCUGCACCUUCUCAUCGGCCUGAAGCGAUGGCAGCGGGUGGUGGAGGUGGCAGAGAAGUUCUCCAAGCUCAGCCCCUUGCUUAACAAGGAGAUAUUCACCACACUGCUGGCAGAGUUUGCCCAACACCGGGAGCUGGACCCUUACUUGGACACACUGUGGCCGCUGUGCCCCGCUGAGCUCACUGCCUCAGACAUCCUCACCGUGGUCCUGCAGCACCUCCCUCACUCCCAGGAGGACCCAGUGCCCUUCUCCAGCGAGGGGAACCAGCUGACUAUAGGCUUGAUCAAGCCACUGCUGCAAAGGGUUGUGCAGCAUCCCUGUGUCCAGGAUGAGAUGUACUCAGAUGCCUUGCAGAGCCCGACCUUCCCCCCUCCCACCCCACCCCGAGAGCACAAGAUUCCUUCAAAAGCAGCGGCCGAUGAUGCCCCUCAGCCCCCCACAGCAAGGACUUCUUCCCCCUCGGCACUGGUACGGGGUGACACUGCGUGAAGGGGUGAAGCACAACAGGAUCCCAAGCCUUGGGUGCACGAGUUGGGGAAAGCCACGUCCAUCCCAGGAAAUCCUGCCCUGCC